AACCGACGUACCAUCAUUGAGCAGUGCCAACAGAAAAAAUCGUGGCCGGCAAGCAAAUACACGUACAAGAAAGCUCACCGGUCGUAAAAUUGACGGGAUAAUAUAUACAGUUGACAGACUUUUUGAAUUCGGGGCAAUCGAGGGGGCAAGAUCCUUCUCUGGAGUUUCAGACCGGAAAUACCUUCUCGAGACAUUCAAGAUGCCAAAAACUCUUCGAGACAUGUAUGCUGAGUUGUUGAGAGCUGCAAAUUAUGAGGAUCAAAAAUCAGACAAACUUCAGGUGUUCGGCAUCUUACAUCUUGGGUUGUGGAUCCAAUUUGCAAGAUUAUGGCGUGCUGGUGGGUCAAUUUGCAUUUUUCGCAAAGAUCCCCUAUCUUUCAAUGUAGAUAGCAAGUUCUCAGAAGAGGGAAUAAGAUCUUACCUCAAACUAGUAGCGAUAUAUCAGCACAAAAUUAUCAUAAAGGACAACCUACAAAUUCUGAAUAUUCGGAAUGACAAUGCUAAUGUUAAUUUGGAAGACGAAUUAAGAGGAGUUGGACGAUAUUCUACACCGCCACCUGCAUCUUCAGUUAAAUUUUUUGCUGAUUGUUUUAAGACCCCGAAGUCGAAGAAAAGAAAAAGUGUCCAGAGAAAAGGAGCUCAGAGAAAAAAAGCACAGCAAAAGAGAAAGUUGAAGUAG